AUGCUCGCGGGAACGCCGCAGCGUACGAGCGGCGCGUGGGACGGACAACGCGAGGAGGAGUGGCACGACUGCACCGAGCACUUCCCGUGGGAAACCACGCCCGCGCGGCCGGCCCUCGAGGUCUCGAUCCCGGACGACGCGCCCCCACCGGAGCUCUUCCGGUUCACGAGUCCGAGAGGGUGGUCCGACGCGGGCCAGGGCGCCUUCGAGGGCGACGCAACGGAUCGUUUUCCCGGGCAUGCCGCAGCGCUCGAGGGUGACCUCCUGAGCCUGGCGACGUGGCUGGACGCGACGCCGCGGGAGCAAUGGACGCAGGUGGACUCCCAGGGCUUCACGGUGCUCCACCUGGCGGCGGUCGGGCGCCGCCGGCAGUGCCUCGGUCUGCUUCUCCAGCGGGGGUUCCCGGUGUCGGCGCGGUGCGCUCGGGGGUGGACCGCGAUGGACGAGGCCGUGGCGCUCGAGGACAGGGACAUCACGAAGAUGCUGUACCGCGCGUGGGUCACCAGCGCGCUCACGAAGCUCGACGAAAUUCGACCCAAGCUCGUGGAGGCGCUUCGCAACCUCCCAGACUUCCGGCUGCAGCUCUCGUGGGACCUCGGGUCGCCGAUCUUCGGCCUCAUUCUCCGCAAGGUCGCUCCGAGCGACACGUACACGAUAUACAAGUCGGGCCACUACAUCCGCAUCGAUGGAAACCUGCGCGGGAUCGACAAGCGUUCGUCCGGCAUCAUCCCGCGGUGGAAGCGCGGCCCGUUCUCCGUCCUGCUCAGCGCGGGGGAGUCCGAGACGCGCCCGAAGGUGCUGGUGUGCGAUCACCUCAAGCGCCGCGUGCUGCCGCUCGCCGAGCAGGCGCGCGAGGGGGACCUGGAUGUGGAGGCUGACGUGGACGAGAUCAUGCGGGAGGGGCCGACGCGGGUGCGGAUCGCGGCGGAGGGCGUUGCGCUGCGGCCGAGCCGCACGCUGUUCGGCCUCGAGGCGCUCGACAUGGUCGAUGGUUGGGAGUGCACGUUGAUGGACAUGACGUGUCAGCUGGUGGGGAAGGAGAUCACGAAGGCGGCGAACACCGCGGCGCGGGACGUGACGUACAACGAGCUGGCGGAGCUCGAGCUCCCGGAAGACGACGUGAAGGACCACGUGUUGGACCCGCUCAGCCGCGACAAGGCGACGAAGGACGCGCCGCGCAAGCGCAGGGUGCGCACGUUCAAGUCCAAGUGGUGGAUGGCCGACGGGUUCCCGCUCAAGGUCGAGCAGCUGCUGCCGAUCCUCGACCUGUUCGGCUCGGGCAACCCCGCCUUUGAGCGGGUGUCGGCCUUCAUCCGCGGGUCCGUGCGCGGCGGGCUGUUCCCGCUGCGCGUGCAGAUCCCGCUCAUCCUGACCGUGCACGCGACGAUGGCGUUCUCGGGCUUCGCGCCGGUCGCGCCGGGGGAGUAUUCGGAGGACUUUUUCCUUCCGCCGCCAGACUACACCCAGCUGUCGAUCGAGGACGUGCACGUCAUGUUCGAGAAGACCCUCGCGCGGUACGGCGACCAGACGGCGCACGCCGCCGGCGGCGCGCCCGCACAGGCCGAGCAGGACACCCUUCUGUCGGUCGAAAGCGAGAGCGUCGCACACUCACUGCCGCCGAGCUCGCGCGCGGCGUCCGCGCGGCAGUCCACGCGCAGCGCGAUCGCGCCGCACCGUCACAUGAGCGGCCGGCUCGACGUCGAGGCCGCCGGGCCCGCGGACUCCCCCGCGUCGGACUGGAGGGGUCCCGUGACACCCCUAGGGCGGUCGCGGCACCGGCCGGGGCAGCCGAGCCUCGGCGGGCUGUCGGUCGAGCGGUUCGCGGACAACAUGAAGAAGACGCUCGAGGGCGCGGUGCGCGUGGGCGCGACGUCGGCGUCGAAGCCAGCGGAGGGUCGCGCGGGGGGGUCGCAGAGGCUGUCGCGGGCGUCGACCGGGGUGCCCGGCGAGCCGCGCGCCGAACAUCACUCUUGGCGCGGGCGAAUAGGGGAGGAGGAAGAGAAUGCUGACGAGUGA